GACUUUCCAAUUUUGUUGGUUUUCCUUUACACUCUCACAUUCUUCCUUUCUUCCUUCCUUCUAAAAAAAAAAUCAUUCCUUUAUUAUUUCUUCAUUCAAAAUUAUCAAGAAAAAAGGCUGCUAGUCCAUUUUGGCGAAUUCAAUCACACAAUUUCUUGACUUUUCAAAAUUCCAAUUAGUUUUAGUCGCAAUUGAAAUCAUUGAAUUAAGCGAUUUCUGCUGAUUUUGAUACAUAUAUUUCCAGUUGAAUUUGAAAUUUUUUCGAUCGAAGAAAAAAAGCAAAAUGGAGGAUUGGGGGGAGGAGAGAGAAAAUAAGCCGAUAGAAUUACGAGCAGUGGAAUCAUUAGGGUUAGGGUUUGAUCUAACUUCCGAUUUCAGGUUGAAAUUUGCGAAAAAAGAGAGGCUUGUUGUUUUAGAUGAAGCUCAUAAAAGAAACGUUGUUAUUCCUGGUGGAAACGUUUCGAUUCCUGGCGUUUCUGUUGAUAUUCGUUGCGAUAAAGGCGAACAAUUGCGGUUUAAGUCUGAUGUUCUUCAAUUUAAUCAGAUGUCAGAGUUACUCAAUCAAAGAUCAUCUGUACAAGGAAAAGUUCCAUCUGGCUAUUUCAACGCUAUUUUUAAUUUUAGUGGAGCCUGGUUAAAUGAUGCUUCAGAUAGCAAACAUCUUGCAUUUGAUGGUUACUUUGUUGCUUUGUACCACAUGCACUUAAUGGCAUCUGCCAUUGUUCUCCAUGACAAAGUAAAGAAAUCUGUUCCAUCACAUUGGGAUCCUGCAUCAUUAGCAAGGUUUAUUCACAAGUAUGGUACACAUAUAAUUGUGGGCUUGGCUGUUGGAGGUCAAGAUUUAAUUUGUGUCAGACAGGCCCCUAUCUCAGAAAUUCCUCCUGCUGAACUCAGAGCGCAUCUGGAAGAUCUUGGAGACGCUCUUUUUUCAGAUGGAAAAGAACCACUUUUACAGCGAAAAGCUAGAGAAGGACAACAAAAGGCUCCGGAGGUCUUCAGUCGGAUCCUGCAGUCAAAUAUAAUACAGUUGACUAGUGUUGUAGAAACAUCAAACAAGGAUGGACUCUCUGUUAUACGAUCAAGAAGAGGUGGAAAUGUGUUUCUGCAUAGUCACUCCCAAUGGCUCCAAACAGUGCCUAGCCACCCUGAUGCAAUUCUCUUCAAGUUUGUACCUAUUACUUCACUCCUUACCGGAAUCCCAGGCAGCGGUUAUCUUAGCCAUGCAAUUAAUUUGUAUUUAAGAUACAAACCUUCUCCAGAUGAUCUGCAGUACUUUUUGGAAUUCCAAGUCCCUAGACAAUGGGCACCUAUGUACAACGAGCUUCCUCUCCAGCAUCAAAGAAUAGCGCCUUCCUCAUCUCUCCUUCAAUUCAGCUUAUUUGGUCCAAAGAUUCAUGUUAAUUCCACUAAGGUCACGAGUAGUUUGAAACCAAUAGUUGGGCUACGCCUUUACUUGGAAGGGAAGCACUGCAAUCAACUAGCCAUCCAUGCACAACAUUUGACAACGCUGCCUAAUUCUAUGACAUUUGCUUCAACUCAUGAUCAUGGCCAGUGGCGAGGUUCUGAUGAUUUUGAUCCUGAGGGCCAGUUUUUAGAAUGCGUCAGAUGGAAGAGAUUCUCAAAAGUCUGCACAUCCAUAGUGAAGCAUGACCCGAACUGGCUGCAGGGUAAAACAACAGGGGUUUUCAUUGUUACUGGGGCUCAGCUCCUUACAAAAGGGAGGUGGCCAAAAACAGCUCUUCACCUUCGGUUGCUCUUCAGCCACCUGCCUAACUGCACAAUCAGAAGAACUGAAUGGGCUGCUGCCCCACAAGCAUCUCACAAGUCAAGUAUCCUCAUGACUUUGAGCACAACUUUCACCUUUACUCCGAAGCAAAACAACAGCCCGCCUAAAAAGUUACCUGCUGCACUGAACUCUGGUGUUUACCCAAAUGGUCCUCCUGUUCCAGUCAACUGUGAGAAGCUGCUUAGGUUUGUCGAUACUUCUGAGGUGUUGCGCGGUCCCCAUGAUGCUCCAGGACACUGGUUGGUCACAGCUGCCAAGCUCGUGACAGACGGAGGUAAAAUAGGUUUGCAUGUAAAGUUUGCGUUAAUUGAUUAUACAAGUGAUCUGUAAAUUUUGCCGUAUAUAUAUGUCAAUUGAGUCGAUUAUUUUGGAUACCUGAAGGUCUCUUUGUGAAAGUGACUGUGAGGGAAAUAGUACUACGGAGUUUAAGAUACAUUGUACAGAUAAAACUUAGAAGUGAUGAUUUUUUUGUUUCGUAGAAGCCCUUGUUAUUCAUUCUUUA